AUGUUGUCAUAUAAAUAUCUCAUUGUGUUCAUCGGAUUAUACCGUAUAACUUCCGCAUAUCAAGUAACAAUACCGGCCGCUAAUGAGAAAGGCGAGUUUUUGGGCUGUUACAUGGAUUUAUCAAUGUCCAAGGAUAAGAAUAUCAUUGAAGGCAACCAUAGGAGUACAGAUUGUGUUGAGAUUUGCCAUGAAAAAUACUAUAGAUAUGCAUUGGUAAGGAUGAAUGAAACAUGCAUAUGCAGUAAUUUCCUGGGUGAUAUUAGAAGCACUAAAUUAUGCAGAGAAGAAUGCAUAAAUUGUGAUGUGAAAGAGCAGCUAUCAGAUGUGUACAACACUGCAGUUCAAAUGAAUGGCCCACCAAGAUCUUUUAUGAUAAGUAAUGUAACUGAUACUCAUGCAGUUUUAACUUGGCAAGUGCCUGAAUCAUUUCUAAAUAUUGAAAACUACAAAGUGAGAGCCAGUGUACUUAAGACCUACUCCCAUUCACCAGUUUCAACCUUUUCAUGGACAAAUGUCUACUCAAAUGAUACUUUUAAAGUGAAUAUUGUCACUUUACAUCCUGGUACUAUGUAUAAUUUGACUGUACAAGCAGAAUCUUCAUAUGUUCAUGGAGCUAUAAGUUCUCAAAUAAUGCAGACUCUUAUUGGAGAACCUGAUUCCAAUCCAAAAGCACCAACAAUACUCAAAAAGACUGAUACAACGUUAGUUAUAAAAAUGGAACCUGUUUACAACAAUAACGGUCCUGUUACAUCUUAUUUGAUUGUUGUAAUUGAAGCCAAUGCUGUGCAAGCAGUUCAAACUGAGAAUCUCAAGUCUUAUGGACAGGCAAAUGCUGAUGGUAUUCCAUAUUAUGUCACAGCUGAAAUACAACCUGAUCGUAUUGGCGCUCCUUUUACCAUCGGCGACAUGCGAAGCUACGGCAAGUAUUUCAACGCGCCUCUGCAAGCGGACAAAAACUACCAUGUAAUGGUAGGAAUGCUGAGCAAAGUGGACGAUCGCGAUUUUGUCGUUUACAGCGACACUGCCGGCCUGCAAGUCGAUGUCAUCAUGUCACACAUGCCUACGAACGACGCCGAAGAAUCUUCAGCGGUGAUUAUCCUACUUUCGUUGGCAAUCGUUGUCAUAAGUUUAAUGCUGGUUGUUGGAUUGAUUGGCUUUUACUUUCUGCGCAAUCGCGUCCAGCUAAAUCAUCGCCAGCGUCUGAAUGACAAUCAGGAGUUGACGAUUCAGGGUCCCAUGAUCGAUGUCGAAAACAACGGUUACAUACCCGAAGAUGAACUGCCGCAAACUUCGAAUCACUACAAAUCUCUGCAUGACCGCGUCUGGACUGUUCCGCGCAGCGCACUCAACAUUGACCAGGCACAAUUCAUGGGCUACGGAAAAUUUGGUAGGUUACACCCUGGCACCGUCGUGAAAAACGAACAACCCUUAAACAUCAUUUCGUACUGCAUAAAUGACAAAAAGUUGCAACCACUUUUCAAACGUAACAUGCUCAAAGACUUAGAUCUGGUAAUCAAAAGCAGUGGUAAUCCACAUGUGCUUGAUCUGAUUGGAACAUGUGAUCGUUCUGAUAUGGUUGCAAUGGUCUUUGAACACUCUGAACAAACACUCAAAGAGUUUCUUUUAAACAGUCGCACUUUAACAGCGCAGAACUUUACAACGAUAUCAGAAUCUCAAGCGAUUGAAUUUGCUUGGUGUAUUGCCAAAGGUAUGGAGCAUUUACACUCGCUGAAAAUCAUUCAUAAACAACUAUGCGCUGCUCAUAUCGCCAUUGUUGGCAAUCAUGCGAAAGUCGCUGGUUUUGGUCUUGCUAAGUAUUAUAAAACCGAACAAACGCCGACAUUCUUAAGACACACCGCUAGAGAAGUCUUACGAGGUAUGGAGCCUACGAACAAAAGCGACGUGUGGAGUUAUGCUGUUCUACUCUGGGAGAUUUCUUCUCUUGGUGGGACACCAUACGUUCACCUAAAUCAACAGGAGUUACCUGAUAAGAUAAUUCAGGAAAAUCUCUGUUUAUCGCAGUUGCCAUAUCUCUACGAUACCUUGUAUCAGGUGAUGCUUAACUGUUGGCAGAUCGACUGGGACGAGCGACCAACGUUUGCUGAACUGGCGGAACACAUUGACUUCAUCCGCAACGAAGAUUGUCUUAAUUUCAGAACGUAUCCUGGAUUUCAGUACGAAACUUAUGACAAGGAUUUGGAGUUGACGAAUGCGGAGAUAUUUUAAUGGAACUGCACACCAUAUGUUUUUAUAUUAACGACUGAUUGAUUAUUUUUUAAUGAUGUACUUAUUUGCAUUCCAAAAUUUAAUAUGUAAUUUAUGAAUCUCAAAUUUACACACUUUUGUAAAUAAAAUACAUACUCAAGC